AAGGCAGAGUGGGUUUGCUGGCCGAGGGGGGAGCGUCGCCUGUACUGGACACUGCGGGGAGGGAGAGGCCAUGGAUGGGGACAAUGAUCUCUGUGUGCUCCAACGCCGUUUGGCUGAGGCUGGACAGAGCCACCUGCUUCAGUUCUGGGAGGAGCUGAAUGCAGAAGAACAGCAAGAGUUAUUCCUGGAGCUGCAGGAUAUGAACUUGGAGGAGCUGGGUCAGGCCUUCCAGCAGGCCAUGAUGAACAGCAGCCAGCUAGUAGGGAAGGAGAACGUGGAUGCCAAGAUGGAACCUGUGCCACGGGAUGUGUUGGGGAGUACAACCCGGGACCGAGCUCAGCUGCCGCUCUGGGAAGAGGAAGGUCUCCGCCAAAUUUCUCAGAACAAAGUGGCCGUUCUCCUCCUAGCUGGUGGGCAAGGGACAAGAUUGGGUGUUUCCUACCCCAAGGGAAUGUACGAUGUAGGUUUGCCAUCCCACAAAACCCUGUUCCAGAUCCAAGCAGAGCGCAUCUUGAAACUGCAGCAGCUGGCUGAAGAACAACAUGGCCUGCAAUGUGUUAUUCCCUGGUACAUCAUGACAAGCGGCAGGACCAUGGAGUCUACCAAAGAAUUCUUUCUAAAGCACAAGUACUUUGGCUUGAAGAAGGAAAAUGUGGUCUUCUUCCAGCAGGGUAUGCUGCCUGCAAUGGACUUCGAUGGGAAAAUUCUUCUGGAAGAGAAGGGCAAAGUUUCUAUGUCACCAGAUGGCAACGGCGGUCUGUACCGAGCUUUAGGUACCCAUCGUAUUGUGGAGGACAUGGAACAGCGGCACGUUGGCUGUAUUCACGUCUACUGCGUUGACAACAUUUUGGUGAAAGUGGCUGACCCCCGGUUCAUUGGGUUCUGUGUACAGAAGGGAGCUGAUUGUGGAGCAAAGGUAGUGGAGAAGACCAAUCCUACCGAGCCAGUUGGCGUGGUAUGCCGAGUGGAUGGUGUUUACCAGGUGGUGGAGUACAGUGAGAUCUCUUUGGCCACAGCACAGAAGAGGAGUCACGAUGGCCGGCUUCUGUUUAAUGCGGGAAACAUCGCCAACCACUACUUCACGAUGGAGUUCCUGAAAAAUGUUGUCAGCAUUUAUGAACCGCAGCUGCAACACCACGUAGCCCAGAAGAAGAUCCCAUAUGUUGAUGCGGCCACUGGAAAGCCUCUGAAUCCAGACAAACCAAAUGGAAUUAAGAUGGAGAAGUUUGUAUUUGACAUCUUUCAGUUUGCCAAGAAGUUUGUGGUGUACGAAGUGCUGCGAGAAGAUGAGUUCUCCCCAUUAAAGAAUGCAGACAGCCAAAAUGGCAAGGACAAUCCCACCACUGCACGGCAUGCCUUGAUGUCACUGCACCACCGGUGGGUCCUCAAUGCGGGUGGCCACUUCGUGGAUGAAAAUGGAACCCGUCUCCCUGCCAUUCCUUGCUGCACAAACGGAAGGUCAGAUGCGAUCCAAGCUGAUGUCAAUCACAAUCUGAAGGAUGCCAACGACUUGCCAAUUCAGUGUGAGAUUUCUCCUCUCGUCUCCUAUGGGGGUGAAGGCCUGGAAGAAUUUGUGAAGGACAAAGAGUUCCACGCCCCUUUGGUUAUCGACAGGAAUGGGGUCCACGAGUUGAUGAAGAACGGAGUGUGAGAUUCCCUUGGAGGUCCAAGAUGUUACGAUGCUCCUUGUAUGGACUGUAAAUAUUGACACAAAGCUUUCCCUCUCACCCCGUGGGUUUUCUCUCCCCUUCACAUUGAAUUCUCUCAAACUGCAGGACUUAGUUGCAAUAAGAGGGACAGAGCGAAAUCCCUCUGUUCUUGAGGUGUUUAUUUAUAUGAUUUUGUUUAUUUAAAAAAGGUUAAAAUAGCUUGUACGUCACCUUCCAUGCUGCAGUAUUUCAAGUCAUAAUUGCGUUUUGUAUUGAAAUCUCUAUUGUUACCUGCAAAGGGUCAGCUAUGGUACGGGAGUUGAUCUGAAAUAUUAGAGGAAAAAACGCAGGGCUGGAUUGCCGUCAUCUGUUCAGCGAGUGGUGGUGCUCUCCUCUCCUGCAAGAAGAAUUCCUGAGGCAAGCGCCAUCGCUAGUGGAACAGAGAUCUGCAGGAUCCAACCCGCUGUGUGUAACUUCAAAUAGUUUGGAUUUUUCUGUUUGCUGCCUGUGUUCUUUUGACAUCUACUGUAUCUUCUAGAGGUUGCACAGCUGAAAGGAUGGGGAAGAAAGGAAUAAAAGCAAAAAAUUCAUUUUUUUCACCUU